GUGAUGAAAAUAAUCAAUAACUAAAUCUGAUCUGCUGUCGCUUGUUUUUGUGACUUGGCUGGCGGGGGUGUUGUCCUAGAGAGCGUGAAUUAGAUUAUAAUUCUAUAGAACUUUGUGCGGCAAUGCGUUGACUUGUCGGUAAAUUGCCUCAUGGAUCCUAUAAAAAGGAAAAAUCUAGCAAAAUAUCGGUGGCUCAUUUUAAGAAAAGCCCUGUUAGGCAGAAGAACUUCUGACGUUCCAAGCAAAGGAUCCAUCCGCGUUCACAACAGUGUCGCAUUGUUUCACAUAACUGAAACGAGGAAUGGCGACCUUGAAUCAUGGAUGGAUUAUAAACAUGAUGGCACACCACCGCUGACUGUACAAAUCAAAAGAUCUCUUUCAAUCUUGUCUAUGGAGGAUUUGAUCGAAGGUGACAACACUGGAAAUGUCUGCAUUUGGGCUUCAGAGCAAGUGAUGGCAAGAUAUUGUGUUGUAAACAUGAAGCAGUUUUAUAACAAGUCCGUCAUCGAAAUUGGAGGAGGUUCGAGUUGUCUAGCUGGAUUAUUCAUUGCAAAAUAUGGCAAUGCAUCGAGGGUUGUUUUGUCUGAUGGAAAUAAUAAGGCAAUCACGAAUGUAGACUCCAUCAUUAGAAAGAAUUUUUGUAAUAAAAUGGACAAUUUAAAAAUUCCUGAAGCUGUACAAAUUGAAUGGGAUAAUGAAGAAGUUCUCGUCCAAUACGCCGCACAAUUCGAUUUUUUAUUUUGUGCCGAUUGUCUGUUCAGAGAUGAUAUUAGACGACAUCUUGCCCUAGCUAUAUUUAGGCUGCUUACAUCAGAAGGCGAAGCUAUCAUUUUUGCCCCUCGCCGUGGAAAUUCUAUGAAUGAUUUUCUCAAGCUUGCUAAGGAAUUGUUUGGUAUUUCUGGAGUGUCAAUCAUACAGAAAUAUGAUGAAAAAGUUUGGCAAUUUCAUCUGUCUAAUUUAAAUGUUUCCUCAUAUAAUGAAGAUAUACAUUAUCCCUACCUUAUCAAGCUGACUAAAAGCUUGAAGAAUCCUAGUUUGCUUACAGCAGCUAGCUCAGCAUGAUGGUUUUUACCAAUCCUUGCCUUUUACUAGACUUUUUUGUACCUUUUUAAAAUUAAAUAAUAACAAGGUUAAUUUCGUUUUGUAUCUCUUAAACCCUUUAAUCUGAUUGAAAAUUUUCUUCCUUGAUUAUUGUAAUUUUGAUUCUGAGAAGCCUUGCCAAUUUGCAAUAGUAUCAACUUUACUGCCCAAUUUUAAGAAUUUAAUUAAAUAUUUAAAUUCUAUUUCAUAUCAUAAUAUGAUUUAGGCUGCUUUAUUAUGCCUGUUUCUUAUCUCAGUAUUUUAAAUCAACAUCACAUACAAUAAUUAUCUAGCACUUCGAUUAUUUUCACAUUCCUUUCUAUAAUUUUGGUUUGCACUGUGAUUUUGCAAUUGUAUGUCCAGUACAUAGAUUUGUGUUCAUAAUUAUGACCCAUAACCCAGUAUUUAAUGACAUUCUAGAACCCAAGUUUGAUAUGCCACUUCUUUCCAGUUCGUUUCAAGCAUGUGCAUACGAGUUUCAACCAUGAAAUUAAGAUUAAAUUUGCAUUCCUUAUAUAUAUAAACAAAUGAAGUUGGACUUAUGCACUUUA